CCCAGUUCAUCUCAGACUGGGUGCUAUGAAAUCUCAUUCCCGAUCUCUACCAUUUCUAGUCCCAGCUUCUCAGUUCAGAUAUUCUCCAAUUUCUCAAGCGUAGCCGGAAGCCCUAUGCCUUAUCCCCACAAUUUCUCAGUUUAUCGUAACUGUUCUUCCUUCUUCCUUCUAUUUGAAAAGUUGCAAAACCCAGAAAACUCAGUUCAUCUGUGGGUCUGUGCUUCGAACCCCAUAUUCCUAAUCUCCACCAUUCCUUCAUCUAUGGGUCUGUGCUUCGAACCCCACUCCGAACCGAAAAACCGAGGAACCGACCUGAGCAUGGUCAGUUCGGUUCUACCUCGGUUCUUGAUCUCAAAAACAACAAAUCCGAACCGAUAAGCAAUAGUCGGUUCCGGUUCCGGGUUUAGUACUGGGAGCUGCAGAACCGACCAGAGGCCAGCCCUACUUUCUUGGGCUCCUUUCAUGCACUUUCUUUCCUCCAAGUCGAUCUUCAGCACUAUAUAUAUGCCUCUCCAAAUACCAUUCCAAUCCACCAAACCUUGAGCUCCAUACCUCUUUUGUAAAAUCACUAAACUCUCAAUUCCCAAACUGAUAGCUUUGCUAUACAAAACCAUGGCUGCUUUUGCUUCCUCUUAUCUUUUUCUACAACUAGUCCUGCUCAUCUCCUUGUUCUAUUUUGGCUCAGCAGCUAGGAGCCUUGCUGAGACCUUUGACCAAACCCAGCAGCCUAUACUAUUCCAAUACCACAAUGGCCCUCUUCUCACUGGUAAAAUCUCCAUCAAUUUGAUCUGGUACGGAAAAUUCAAGCCUUUGCAGCGCUCAAUUGUUUCUGAUUUCAUCACCUCCCUUUCCACUUCUUCUCAGUCUACAAACCAACCAUCAGUUGCUACAUGGUGGAAAUCCAUAGAAAAAUACUACCACCACUCCAAUGCCAAGAAAACCUCAUCUCUUUACCUCUCAUUGGGUAACCAAAUCCUCGAUGAGAGCUACUCUAUGGGCAAGUCCCUAUCUGUUGGAAAACACAUCAAACAGUUGGCAGCCAAGGGUGACCAGAGUAAUGCCAUCAAUGUUGUUUUAACCUCAUCAGAUGUUCUUAUUGAUGGAUUUUGCUCUAGCAGAUGUGGUACACACGGGUCUUCAAAGAGCUCUUUCAUCAGUGGCAAGAGCUCCAAGUUUGCAUACAUCUGGGUCGGAAACUCAGAGACCCAAUGCCCUGGUCAAUGUGCUUGGCCAUUCCAUCAGCCAAUUUACGGACCACAAUCUCCACCUUUGGUUGCACCGAACAAUGAUGUGGGUUUGGACGGUAUGAUCAUCAAUCUGGCUAGCCUUUUGGCGGGGACUGUGACCAACCCUUUUGGAAAUGGAUUCUACCAGGGUCCCAAAGAGGCUCCACUAGAGGCUGCUUCGGCUUGUCUUGGUGUCUAUGGGAAAGGAGCUUAUCCUGGUUAUGCAGGAGACCUCUUGGAUGAUGCUACAACUGGUGCUAGCUACAAUGCCAAUGGUUUGAAUGGGAAGAAGUAUUUGCUGCCUGCUUUGUUUGACCCUUCAACCUCAGCUUGUUCCACUCUAGUUUGA